GUGUCCUACACUCGGUACGAGGCGCCUUGUUGUGUGUAUUCCCGUGCUCGCAUCGCCAUCUUGUUGCGAUCAUCUUUUACGUAUGCAAGGAUUCGCCUUCGGUUUAUACGUUUUGAAACUUUGCCGUUUUUUAACGGAAAGGGGGGGAUUGUUUUACGCGCGUGGGCAAGCCGUGCACAAGGCCCUCCUGGGGCGCGCUGCUCGUCGUUGUUCCGCGGUCCCGGGAACCGGGUUACCGACCGAGGGGCGCGCGCGAUGAGCAUCGACACCCUCCUGGAAGCAGCCCGGUACCUGGAGUGGGAAGCGCAGCAACACGCUGCACCCGAGGAGGACCAGCUCGAGCAGAGGGAGCUCUUUGCCCGGGAGGCGGAGCUACGGCGCUCGGAGGUCGUGACCGUGUCGGCCCUGACAGGCGGAGUCCACCCCCACCCGGUCGCCUGGGGCAACGAGCCCCUGCACCUGCAGACGUACCAUGUCCCCGUGGUGGCCCCCCCUCCUCCUCCCCCCUCCCUCCGGGGCCCCCUCGUCCCCCCUGUCCUGCUCUCCGUCCUCACACCCGCCCCCUCGCCGCUGCGUCCCGCCGUCGCUGCGGCCGCCUCCAUCGCCGUGGCGACACCCAUGCUCAACGGCUCCUCCCCCUCUCAUCACCUCCAGCUGCAGCAGCUUCCGCUUCCUCUGCCGCUCGCCAGCGCUAGCCCCCACCCCCUGCUCUCUUCUCCAACUAUAAAGUUGGAGCCCGCCCCCCAGCAGAACGGCGCUGUCCCGCCCCAGCUGCCCCAGCUCCAGUUGCCCUACCAGGCGGCCUUCAGCCCCCCCAGCGGGGCGGCGUCCCCCCUGAUGCCCCCCCACUCGCCUGAGUCCAGGACCAACGGCCUGCUGGACGACAUGCGGGGGGCCGACGGGAAGCGACGGCCGGGGGGGGCGGGAACACGCGAGGUGCACAACAAGUUGGAGAAGAACAGACGUGCUCACCUGAAGGAGUGCUUUGAGACGCUGAAGAAGAACGUUCCGAACGUGGACGAGAAGAAGACCUCCAACCUGAGCGUCCUCCGUGGUGCGCUGCGCUACAUCCAGACGCUGAAGCGCAAGGACAAGGAGUACGAGCACGAGGUGGAGCGCCUGACCCGGGAGAAGAUGGCCUCGCAGCAGCGGCUGGCCCAGCUGAAGAAGGAGCUCGGCCCAUCCAUGGACGCCACGGAGAUGGAGCGGGUCCUGAGGCAGACGGUCCAGCCCGAGGACGACCAGGUGUCCACCUCCACCGCAUCAGAAGGAGAAGAGGACUUGGACCAGGACUUUGAGGACGAGGACAUGCCUGCACCCCUGCUCAGCGAGCCCCCCCCCAUAGCCCCCCCACCCAUCUUACAGGCCCACGCCCUUCUCACACUCCAGCCCGCACCCCUCCCUCUCUCCGGAGUGCUGACCACGCCCCCAAUGGGAGGAGUCCCCGUGCAGUCCCAGGCCCCGCCCCCUCAGGCCAUAGCGCCCGCCCCCCAGGCCAUCGCGCCCCACCCCCCGCAGCCCUCGGCCGCGCAGGCCCAGCCGUCGGUCAUCGCCCACGCCGCCGUGUCCCACCCGUCCGUCAUCCAGGCCGUCCACCACAAACACCUGACCCCCAUCGCCCCCUCGCCCGGCCCGGCCCCCGCCGCGCCCCAGCCGGCGGCGGUGGCGGCGGCGCAGCGCGUCACGGUGACGCACCUGGGCCCCGCGCUCUACCCCCAGGCCCUGACGGUGUCCCAGCACAUCACGCACACCUUCACCCACCACCACCACGCCCACGCCACGCCCAACGGCCUGCACGUGAACGGGGGCCAGACCGCCGUGCUGGCCCCCCACCCGCAGCUGGGGGGCCAGACCACCCUGCUCAACCCCGUCACGCUGGUCAAACUCACUUGAGGGCCCGCGGGGCCGCGGGGGGCAGGCCCUGGUCUGACAGUGGACCUCUAAGUAGCAGAACACGCCAGACAUGGGACUGGAGGAACACAUUUGGCCAGGGUUCUGUGGAAGGACCUGAAGACGUCCGCAGGCGGUGUUUUUGACCCUGGGCGACGGAGACGCCUUCUCUCGUGGUCUCCUCCUUCCCUCACAACCAGAAGCACUAACAUGACGCUCAUACUCAGGCAUCAAGGAUCUACCUUCAAUAUGUGUUCAUUUGUCGACAGGAGAAGGUGUAGAAAAAAAAGAGUAUAUAAGAGGAGUUUUAUUUUCGUUCUCAUUCGGAUGCGUUCCCACUAGUUGUGUAUUCAGGUAAACGUGACGCAGCUAGGGGGGGUCCCCUCAGUGGAGGGGGGGGGGGGGGAUCAACAUGGAGGCCGCAGCCUCGCUUCGCGGCGGGCUCCAGCAAGGAGACCUCCAGGUUCGCUGAGUCAAAGACCUUCCUCCCUCUCCUCUUCCUCCUCCAGGGGUGCUGAUGAUAAAUCAUCUGAUUUACUGAUCAUCUAAAACAAUAGGCUGGCGGGCCGUUUACUUUUUGGACCUCGGGUUCCUCAGUUCACCUGCUCUGAACCCCGGCUCUUUGCUCUGAACCCCGGCUCUCUGAUCUGAACCCCGGCUCUCUGAUCUGAACCCAGGCUCUCUGAUUUGAACCUAGGCUCUCUGCUCUGAACUAGGGCUGAAUGAUUAAUCAAAUUCCUAUCGAAAUCGCGAUGUAGUAGAACACGAUAUGCAAAUCGCAAAGGCUGCGAUUAAAAGUAAUAAUAAUAAUUAUUAUUAUUAUCAUGUAUUUGUAUUUUUAUUUUACAAUUCAAUAGUUAAAUAAAGAAGUUUAUAAUAUUAAUUAAUCUCAACACAUCGUCCUGGCCUAAAGGAAAGAGCAGUUUUUAUUAUAAUAAUAAUAAUAAUACAUUUAAUUUAGAGGCGCCUUUCAAGACACCCAACUGCUGCUUCCAAUGUUGUGUUGGUCAUGGUAAAGAAUGAUUUAUUUAUUUAUUAGUGAAUAAUACACAACAUAAGAAUUUAAUAAAUCAUAAAAAUUGCACAUUAAAUCGCAAUCGCAAUAUUGGUCAAAAUAAUCACAAUUCGAUUAUUUCCCCAAAUCGUUCAGCCUUAAUCUGAACCCAGGCUCUCUGCUCUGAACCCAGGCUCUCUGCUCUGAACCCAGGCUCUCUGCUCUGAACCCAGGCUCUCUGCUCUGAACCCAGGCUCUCUGCUCUGAACCCGGGCUCUCUGCUCUGAACCCAGGCUCUGCUUAUUGAGGAGCAUCAUCUGGGAAACAUUCCAAAUAAAACACAAUUUGACGGUGAAUGCACUCAGUUAUAUAAAGCCGCAAUCUAGUGUUGUUCUUUUAGUUUUUAGUUUGCUUUUUUGUAACUACUAAAUGGCUCUUUCAGCGCUUUGACCCUCAUUUAAAACACGGGCAUCUUCAUUCUGUGUCCUGGAUGCAGCCUUACUCUCCAGCCGUCCUUCAGAGAGCCUCCCUUACAGGGAGUCGGCGUGCUUCCUGCUCCUGUGUCUUUGAGACGGGCGUGUUGGGAUCAAUACAGUGUGCAGCCGUAGCCCCGCUGGCCCCAGGCCCACCAGGCGGUCAUGGCCGCUGCACCUCCAGGUGGUUUAGUCAUCACCAGGGAUCCUGAACACUCGUGAACCGCAGCUCAGACCGGGAGUGCCGUCUGAAUGAAUGAAUCCUAUUUCAGGAGAACGUCAGACGAUGAUCUUUAAGAGUUUACUGGCGGCCGUUGAUGGAAGAGGGUCUCCAGCGUGUCAUGGUAGUGACAUGCUGUUAUCUGUCAGGUGCUGAAGCCUUCUGCCCUGGUUCCUGUCGAUACACGCGUGUAGCUUAAGGGCUCCUCUCUGGUGGUCAAAGAGCAGCUUUGUUUGAAAGCAAUGCUGGCAAAAGGUCAACAAAGUGAAACGCUGGUCACUUAACAAACAUGGCAACAUUGGAUUGCAAGGAUUCCAAUCUUCCAUCAUGUUUCACAAACUUGGUUUGAUAAUGGUCAUUGUUGCCAUUGGUCACCAGUGUCUAUAAGCAGGAGGAUGAGUUAUGCCCACCGUUCAGGUGAGUCCUGCUGCCACGCUCCGCACCAGCCUCCUUUACCCAGGAGAGAAUAACGGCUUCGCACCCUCUUCUAAAAACAUAGCACAGAUCAAUGAAGGAACAUAUUUUCUGCAUGGCUGGACAUCUUCUUACACACCAGUGGCAGCUGCAUAUGAGGCCAUGGCAGGAGCUCACCUGAUGAUGUCAUGGCUUUGGUGAUGAUGUCUAAAACGCCACAGCAAAUUCAUGAGGCGGAUCCAAUUUCCAGACCUCAUUUAGAGUAUUAGGCUGGAAACACUGGUAACAUUUUGUAACAACGAAAACGUGUGUGUGCGUGCGUGCGUGUGUGUGUGUGUGUCAAAUCCAUUGACGUGUUCCUCACACUGCUUCACCAACUCCGAGGAGCUCUGGUGUAAAGUAAUCUAUGAAUGAACCAAUCAGUGGUCAUCGCCAGCGUCCUCCUUCUCUGAACCUCUUGACUAGUUGUUUUAUAUUCUCUAUAUCCAAGUUAAUCCCAACCUGCUGCAUGACUGUGUGUUGGUUGUGUAAACUUGUGCCCUGUGCAUGAGGGAAGUGUGUGUAUGCUUGGCCAGAUGAGUUUACUUAGUUAUAUAUAUAUAUAUCCAUAUAUAUAUAUAUAUAUAUAUAUAUAUAUAUCAUUACUGAACAUAAUUUAUAUAUAUAUAUAUAACCCCCCCCGCCCGUUUAACACUGUGACAGCUUUGUCCGCUUUGUGUGUCCACUCGUGACCGGAGGAAUCUGAGGAAGGUCUGUUCCACUUUGGUCUUUUUUACUUGUUUUUGUUAGUCUGAGACAGUGAGUGAAAAGGUAUUUAAAAAAGAAAGAAAAAAAAGAUUUAUUCUUCUCUACAUAACAAAUUGUCAAAAAAUCUGUACGAUUUUUGUAACAUUUGUAUGAACGUAUGAAUAUUUUGUACAUUUGUGAUUGUAUGCACGUUUUGGCAUAUGAGUGUAUGUAUUUUAAAGUUUUAGCCAUGCCACGUUUAUUUGCAUGUAGACUGCUGUUUGGGUGAGUUUCUUUCUUUGGAUGGAUGUAACUUUAUUUGCGGGACCAUGUAACAACACUGCAGAACGAGAGCAGCCUCUUGACCUCAUGCUACAUUGAUAUUAUAUAUGAAUACAAAGAACAUGUUUUCCCUAUGGAGAAAGUUUUAAGUUCUAUAUGGCCUGUACCUUUUGGGCUGCUUUUAGAUCGAAAUGUCCACUGUUUGAAAUAACAUGAUAUUGGAUAAAAUAAUAAAUGAAAAAAUGAUUCUGAUAAAAUGAA